UGGGAUGCUGUAGGAUUAGAUGGGAUCUGCACAAUUGGCACAGCAGAUAAAAUAUCACAUUGGCAUCACUGUAGAUCCCGUCGAAAAUGUCAUCUUCUCCUAUCUUUAGACAAGUCACCUGCGAGGACAUGUCAGCAAAUGGGCUUUUAGCUGAUCAGAGCCCAUGGAAAAUCCACAGCAAGCCAUAAUGGGCCGACAGAUGGGGCCUUCCCAAUGAGAGACAGUCAACCACAACCCUGCACAUUUAGCGUCUAUAUUGUCUACCACUUUGUAGUGGCCUGAUACUGUCCUUGUCCGAAGCUGCAACUCCUUUUCUUCCUCCCAGCGCCCUGUUGUCUGAUGACCAGGGGAACUUGUUUCCACUCCCCUUCAUGGACUGCUGUUUGAUAGGAAAAGUUUUCUAUGACUUUCUUUUCUCUCUUUAGCUGAAUCUUAAAGCGUCUCUAUCUGGCUCUUUCUGAUCUCCAUUUUUGGGGCAAUGCUUGGAAAGGGCGUUGGUUCGGAGCGUACAUCAUCUCCUCUUCUUUUUAGCAGUGACGUGAAAAGGCAAUAAAAGAGGAAAGAAGAAGAAAGCAGCGAAGGGGAGAGGCAAUAAAAGAGUGAAGCCCGUGGUGGCACAUGGACAUGAGUUUAGUCAAAAUAAUGUUCUUUUGAGAGACGUCUGCUUCCUUGCUCUUCUUCCCCUUCUCUCCAUAUAUGUAGUCUUUUGGGAAGAGACAGAGGCGCCGUGGCUCAUCCUUCAAAGACCAUCUUCUUUAUGUGCCGUUUGACCUCCGUUCGCCCCAACACCAAGCCCUAGAUCUCUCUCUCUCUCUCUCUCUCUCUCCAUCUCUCUUUGUCUCUCUGUCGCUUCGAAAGAGGUUGAAGACCCAUACAACAGAAAUCGCAGAGGGUCCCUCUUCUCUCGAGCCGUAGGCACGGGUCGGGUGACAGGAAAAAGGCACAGAAGAAAGGCCGACUCUCUUUUAUGGAGGCGAGGAAGCAGGAGGUGGAGGACGACGAAGAUAAGGGGAGAUGGGGAGCGACGACCCAUCUGGAAAAUAUGGCGGCGGCUACCACCACCAACGACGACGGGGACGCAUUAAGUGGAAGGUCCCGCAGCUUGGUCGUUCACCCCAAGCCGGAGCCUGACUCUAUGGGGGACGAGGGCGGAGAGGAUGAGGAGCGGAAAAUGUAUCAGGAGGCGGCGCUGGUGCCGGCGAAGAGGCCGGGAAGGCGGGGGCCCAGCCGGGACCGGCACACCAAGGUGGAGGGCAGGGGCCGUCGGAUCAGGAUGCCGGCCACGUGUGCGGCCAGGAUCUUCCAGCUCACCAGGGAGCUGGGUCACAAGUCCGACGGCGAGACAAUCCGCUGGCUCCUGGAGCACGCAGAGCCGGCCAUUAUCGCCGCCACCGGCACGGGAACCGUUCCGGCCAUCGCCGUCACGGUGGAUGGUACCCUCAGGAUUCCCACCGAGCGCCCCUCCUCCUCGACCCCCGCCCUCCCGUCGCCCUCCUCGGGAGACUCCAACAAGCGGCGGCGAAAGACAACGCCCGCUACCACCGCCGCCGGCACGGACACCACUACCACCACGACCGCCGGCGCCUCCAGUGCCACCACCAACGGUCACCAGCCCCUGGUCGUUCCGCUCUGCUCCUCGAUGAUGUCGCACAGCAUCUGCGGGCCCGUGUGGGCCGUCGGCGGGGAGAGGGUCCUGCCCAACGCCGUAGCCGGAACCGUCUGGAUGGUCCCUGUCGGCGCCCACGCGCCACCGUCCUCCGUCCCGCCGGGACAGCAGCUCUGGACCUUCCCGGCCCCGCCCGUCCCCUCCCUCGUGAACAUGCCCGGCCGCCCCAUCUCCGGCCUGUUCUCCGCUGCGGCCAACGGCCUCCUGAUGCCCCACCUCAACCUCGCCGCGACCAUCGACCCCUCCAUCUCGCCGCCGCCGCCUCCUCCUCAUUCAGCGUCCCCGCCCUCAGUUGCGGAAGAUUCCGGGGAUGGCGCAAAGGCGGAGCUCCACCAAUUCAUGGGAGAGCAGCAGGACGGGCGCAGCAACGACGGCCACGAGCCUUCCGAAACUGCCCUCCGGGAAUAGACCUUAUUUCUUUCUUCCCUCUGUAACCUAACCUCUCGUGUAAACAAAGAAAAAGAAAGGCCUUUUAAGCUAUUAACCAGAAAAAAGGUGGAAAUUCCCGAAAUAAAGGCUUCUUCUCCUUUCUCUCUU